GCCUGCCCCUAACGCUAUCAUUUUUCCCUUCUCCCUCGGUUCAAACAGGCGUCCGUGCGGCUCCUAUAUUGUUUCUCAGUGCUUGAUGGGGGAGAAGUGGGCAGCGCAAGACAGACGACGUUGUCAGCCCCUUUUUCUUUUUUAUCCGAAUCCAUUUCACUCCCUCGUGCCCGGCAUUGGCCACGCGAGUGCAGUGAAGGCGUAACUCUAAUCUUUUCUGUUGCUCGACUUCAACUCACACACACACACAGACACAUUCCUAACGAUAUCUCCCCCAUUUUCUGGGCUUUUUUUGUUCCUCCUUGACUGCCUCGCGGUGUAUUCGCUGCUGCGCAACACAGGCCUUUACUCCUAUUCCUAUUCCUCUUGCUUGCUUGCUUUCUUUUCUGCUGUUCCUCUUGCUGAUUUCAACUAUAUUAUUAUUCCUGCUUCCAACCAUCUGUGAGCACUUCGUGCAGCCUUGGUGUUCUUGUUCAGACGUUAGCCGCGCCCCCUCCAUCCUCCCAAACGUAUUCCCUUCGUCAUAUCCUCCCUCUCACACGUACCCUUUCCUGGUUUCCACGCCAUGGGCAGCACCGCGCAUCCGCAAGACACGGCGAAGGCGUCCACGCCGAACAACGCCGUCGCAGACACAGUGGGGCACAAAGAGAAGCCGAGGCCGCAGAGGGCAAACGACGAGGUUCCUCGUCAGCGCACCGCCUCUGUGGGCCACGGCUUCCAGGUGCAGGGCUCCGUUGCGGACUUCGACCCGGGCACGCUCAAGACGGGCAGCGUGUCGGGCAACUUUGCCCUGCCGAUGUCGUGGCGCAAGCUGAACUACAGCGCUGGCGAGCUGCGGAUUCUGUGCGGGCUGACAGGGACCGCGCUGCCUGGCCGCUGCCUGGCCAUUCUUGGCUCGUCCGGUGCCGGCAAGACGACGUUCCUGAACGCUAUCUGUGAUCGGCUGGCGGAGGACCGACACCUGAAACUGAGCGGCCGUCGACAGCUCGGCGAUGUGGAGUACGAGCGGCACUACCGCAAGGCGAUGGGCUUCGUGGCGCAGGACGACAUCGUCUCGUCGCUGUCGACGCCGUACGAUGCGUUGUGGUUCUCGCUGCGCACGCGUCGUGGCACUGACCGCGCGGAGACGGAGGCGCGUGUGCAGGAGGCGCUGGAGGUGCUGCGCCUGCAACACUGCCGCGACACGAAAAUCGGCAUUCCCGGUCUGGAGGCCGGUCUGUCCGGUGGCGAGCGGAAGCGCUGCAACAUCGGCAUCGAGCUGAUCGUGGACCCGAAGAUUCUGCUGCUGGAUGAGCCGACGUCCGGCUUGGACUCCGUGACGUCCGCAAAGGUCGUGCACCUGCUGCGGCAGCUGUCGCGGAUGGGCCGCACGAUCAUCUACACGAUCCACCAGCCGACUGCGGAGGUGCUGUCCUACUUCGAUGACCUGAUGCUGAUGACGCAGGGCCGCGUUGCGUACCACGGCACGAUGGCUGCCUCGCUGGGCUACUUCGAGUCCAUCGGCUUUCCGUGCCCGGAGAAGUACACGCCGACGGACUACUUCAUGGUGAUGCUGCAGGACCCCGUGACGAGCACGAUCCUGAUCAAGCGGUGGCGCAAGUACCUGAAGAACGGUCCGCGCAGCCCGCACACGGCCGCGGUGCGUCUCGCGAAGAGUCGCAGUGAGUCGAGUGCGGCCAAGUUUCUGGACGCGUACAUCAAGAAGUUUGGCAGCUCGCCUUUUGUGCAGUUCUAUGAGCUGACGCGUCGCAGCGUGAUUGAGAUCUCGCGUGAUCGGCUGUACAUCUUCUCGCUCGCCUCUCAGGCCACAUUUUUUGCCGUUGUGGUGGGCCUGGUGUUCCUUCACGUACGCGACAACGUGGAGGGCAUACAGGAUCGUGAGGGCAUGCUCUUCAUGACGGUGAUGAACCGUGCGAUGGGCUCCACCUUCAUCAUGAUCGACGCCUUCGAACGUGUUCGCGCCGUCUACACACGUGAGCAGCAGGCUGGCGCCUACUCGCCGCUCUUAUACUACGUUGGUCGCAGUCUUGCCGAGUUCCCGCUGCAGAUCUUCUUUAUCUUUGUGGAGUGCGCUAUUCUCUACUGGAUGGUGGGGCUUUACCGCAAGCCUGGCGAGUUCUUCUAUUACUUCGGCGCCAUUUCGAUGGUGUCGCAGGUAGCCAGCGGUCUCGGUUUUGCGAUAUCUUCCAGUUUCCCAUCCCUGUUGAUUGCCGCUGCGAUGGCGCCCCUUAUCCUUCUUCCUCUUGCGAUGGCGGGUGGUCUGUUUGCGAGCACGGAGCGGCUUCGCCCCUACUGGUACUGGCUGGAGAAGCCGUCCUUCAUGCGCCACGGGUACAUCCUGGUGCUUCGAAACGAGCUGAACAAUGUUCGCAACGUGGCCUGCAACAACUACAAUAAAGGUGAUGCCUAUUGCAUCAACCAGGCACGCGAUGGCAAGGUUGUGCUGCGCCUUCUCGGCUUCGACGGCGAUCCACAGUCGACGGACGUGUGGAUGUGGGUGUCGCUGGCCAUCAUGUUCUUCUUGUGCCACAUUAUCAGCGUCAUCGCUCUUUCUAGGGCCGGUCAUGCGAAGACUUAG